CCACGUUGACAGGCAGCGCCGCUUCAUUUUAGCCUACAAGCGUCCUUGGAUUCAAGCUCUUGCAACCGAUGCAUUGCAAAGAAAACAUAAAGCUUUCCUUUCUAACAUCCACGCCUAGAUUAUCUGGUAACAGUCCUUCCGUACGUAUCUUUUCCCCACCAACUUUCCAAUGUCAAACUUUCUCCCACUUCUUCUGGUUGUACGACACAGCCCAUGCUAUUGGGGUUUCCUUCCAUUACCCCUACAUGGUGAAUUUUUCCUCGUUUGCUUGUUGUCUUCUCAACAUUCAUCCUUGGGUGGGUUAUAUAGGUAAUUUAAUCCGGAUGCAAUGAUAAAGCUUAGAGUUGGUUUACAGGACAAGCUAUUUCCCUACUUGUGUGCCUGCUAUCGGAAUUGAUUGCUGAUGGCUAGUUUAGUUGAAGUGAACGUUCCUGUGUCAGAGGCCUUUCUUCAGUGGCCCCUGCAAAGUGUCUACAAGCUUUCUGUGUAUUCCUGGCAGUGGUUGGAAACUUUGGGCAAGGGAUCUCGAGUUGAAGGAAUUCUCUUCAAUCAUGCCAUUCACAUUAUAGGGCCAUGUCUCACUGUUUUCAAAAGAUACAAAAUCUCAAAUGUUGAAGUUCAGCUUAUUGAUGAAAAAUACAGAACUGAUGGCUUAACUACUCAAUGGGUCAUUUCUACCAAAACUGUUAUGGAAGAGCUGCCUGAUGAGACUGAUAUGAUGCGUACAAGAUUCUCCUACACUAUGUUCAAAGAUCUCGCACAGUUUAUGGAGCAAAAGAACCAAUUUGUUGAUAUCCUAGCAGUGGUUAUUUUUGUAUCACCAGUGACUCCUUUCACAAGCAAAUUUGGAACUGGAAGAGUGCAAAAGUUUGUAGUCAUUAAGAAAGAGAAGCUGCCUCUCCAACUAUCACUAUUUAAUGAAUUCAUCGAUAAUGAAGGCCGGAAAAUUGCUGAGAACAUGAACAAUUUUCUAGUUAUAGUUUGCAGAAGGCUAAAGGUCAAGUCUUUUAAUGGAAUUGCUUUGUCUACUAGGAAGAACUCAGCUAUCUUGAUUGAUCCACCUAUUCAAGAGGCUAUGCAGCUAAAAAAUUGGUGCCGAUUUGAUGUUAUCCUUUAUGAUAAAAAUGGAAGAGUGACUGCAACUUUGUUUGGUGAUUUAGCUGAAAAACUUGUAACUUAUUUUGCCUUGGAUGCAAUGCAGUACUUUCACAAAAAUAUUGAGCUUCCAUUAAUGCAUGUUCAUGAAGCUUUAUGGACUAAAGAAUUUGCAAUUCAAAUUCAACCAGCUGCCAGCCAUUAUGGAGAUCUUCAGCAACGCUAUACAAUUCUUCAUUACGACGAGUCAACUCUUGCUGAAACUUCAACAUAGCAAGCUAUUGAAUCUCCCGGUUCUUUCUUACUAGAGUCUCUCCUGCAAAUUCCAACUGCUGAAACACAGGAUGCGCGAAGUCCUAUCACAAGUGUUUGCAUUAAUCUAGCAAGCAAAUUUGAUGAAGUAGCCACGCCCCAAGCAAACAGCCCAGAGACCAGCUCUGAAGUUAUCUCUGCAUCUAAAAAAUCAAAACUAGCUUAAUGCUCUCUAUAUCUUUACUUGCAUCUCCAAUCAGGCUAUUCUUGCUUUUGAACUCAUGACUAGAAUCUCAUUAUGUAACUUUUGUAAUCUGAAAAAUGGCCGGACUUCUAGUCUCCAUAUGAUGUUUAUCCAUUUCAAGAACGUAUCUAUUAUGUACGAACAAUGCUGCCUAACUAUAUUAAAAUCCUUUUGUUUAGCUCAUAUUGAAGCUAUUAC